AGCGUUGCACCUGGUCCAGUGCCCAAAGAUCACAUCAGACUGUACAGCAUGAGGUUCUGCCCCUUUGCCCAGAGGGCCAGACUGGUGCUGAAUGCCAAAGGGAUCAAGUAUGACACCAUCAACAUUAACCUGAAGGACAAACCUGACUGGUUCCUUGAGAAGAGUCCCUUUGGUCUUGUCCCAACACUAGAGACACCUGCUGGUGAGGUGGUGUAUGAGUCUCCUAUCACAUGUGAAUACCUGGAUGAGGUCUACCCUGAGAAGAGGCUGCUACCUUCCAACCCGUUUGGUAAAGCUCAACAGAAGAUGAUGCUGGAGCAUUUUUCCAAGGUAUCUUACAUGAAAACUUUCAUACAAAUCAUGACCACAUUCCUCAAACUUAAUUCAUAA